AUGGCCUCAUCUGGCGAGAGGGAAGAGGCCCACCUGUCAGACUUUACCAGUACCAGUACCAGUAAUCCCGUUUAUCUCAACAACGCUGCUGCUGCUGCUGCGGCUGCCUCCGCUUCCGCCGCCGCCGCCGCCCAACAAGACGUCUUGUUGCCGUCGCCCGACCUCCUCCACCUCCUCCGUGGCCGUCCCGACUCUCUGGGACUCCUCCACGACCCUUCGUCCCCCCAGCCCUUACCCGCCUCCACUCCUCUCUCGGCCUUGUCUGCCGACAACUCUGACUCUGCCUCUGCACAACCUUCGCAGCCUCUGCCAGACCCUGUCACCAACCUCACCACCACCACCACCCCAAGCCUGCCGCCCACGCCGCUGCAGGAACACACUCACCCAGACCUCUCUCUCGCCUUUGCUCCCGCCCUCCCCUCCCCUCCUCAUGCCUCGCUCCCCGCCCCGCCCAUUGUGAAAACCGCUCACAACCUGCGUCUCCCAUCUUUCGAAGCACUCGGCAUCGCCAAUCCCCAUCCCGACCGCAUCCAACACCGUCCCCUCGCCUCCUUCGACCAUCUCGGCGCCGGUCCCCUCUCCAAGCCCGAGGAUCCCCUUCAUGCCCUCAGUCCGCCCUUGGCUCGCCCUCUCCACCAUCGCGGGGUCGCCUCGCCAGACCACCACCAUCCCACCACCAGCCCCGACCUCGCCAGGCCGCACCUGGAACACCAAAUCUCCACUGUGACACCUCCCGACGAGCCCGGCACCAUCAACUGGGGCUCGUUUGUCAACGUGCGAACCGUGGGCGUGCGCUCUCCGCCGCGCUCAGAUCCAGGCAUCUCCCCCAGCAUCAACACCGUUGCCAGUUCGGCCUCGCCAGCUGUUUUAGAUUCCGCUCAAGAUCCCCUCUCCGUCGCCGACUUGAGCGACGCACUGGUGAUGGCCGCAUGGAUCGACUCCAUUAAGAUCCUCAUCACGUCCCAUUUUCAGACCAUCAAUGCCGAUUCCGUCAAAGUCUUGUCUCACGCAUUGCCCUGCCCCUCACUCACAGGCCAUCUCUUUGGCCAGAUUAUAGCCGGUAUACACGAGAAAACCACCACUCCCACCGCUUGGAUCAACGUCUUCCAUGCACUCCCGGGACGAUACACGCUGUCGGAUUUGCCAAAAUCCCCGCCUUCGACACCAGGGCCCGCCGUGGGAGGAGAAGAGUAUUUCACGAGCAAGGUCUUCGACAGCGCGGUGCCCGUCGCCGACUACCAGCUCGAAUCGAAGCUCCUGUCGCCUUCCCCGCGCCCCGUGGUCCCGCCGGGCAGCGUCAACGUGUCUAUUGUGGAGCGUUACAUACCGGCGACCAAUGCGAACGAGUUUGCAGAAAUGUUCAAACUGCAAGGCAGAUCGCUGCUGUACGACCGGCUCAUCGAGCUGUCUCCGCACAACGGCCUGCUCCUGUUCAUCUACCCGACCAGGACAGGAGCAAGGACAUUCAUGUCCGACUACCUGGGCCCGGUCAUCGAUCCGCUCCUGCGUAGCGUCACCGUCGUGCACGAGCUCUCGUCGGACCUGGGGAAAUCGCUGGGCCGAAUGAGUGCCGUGGAAAGUCUCGUCGACUACGACACGCUCCACUCGGAAAUCUCGAGAUUCUGCGCUGCGCUUAACGAGCGACCCAACAGCCUCUCCGCCCCCUCCGCCUCCCACUCGCCCUCCCCAAGGGCCACCUACACCAUCCUCCACGCCUCCAGAGAGGAGUUGGUCCUCGAUCGCCGCGCCUGGGCCAGCGACUGGUGGAUCAAGCAGGAGAAGCCAAGGGUGAGGGAGCUCGUGAUGAAGUACUUUAGGAAGAAGCUGCCGAGCUCCGAACUCACGCCCACGAACCUGAUUCAGGAGAUUUUGGACGGCGUGGCGCACAGGGAGCAUCCGGCCAUGGAGAGGCAGAGGCCGGUCGAGUUGGGCGUGUUUGUCAUUAGGAAGACGGCAUGA